AUGGCCAUGACUAACCAGUCCAGUGAAGGCUCUUCCUUGGUGCAUCAGCAAAUGUUUAAGGUGGAAAUGAAUGAAGGUCCGCUGUCUAAACUUCUUGUGGCCAAUCUCAUGUCCCUGUUUUUCACCUGCAUCAACAGCAUCAUGUUUCACACUCUCUUGAGUAAGCCUGUGUUUAGAGAGCUGCCUCGCUAUAUCCUGUUUGCCCACAUGCUCUGUAAUGAUAGCGUUCAGUUAAUGGUCUCAAUGUUGCUCUAUAUUUUGUCCUUUACUGUGCAACUGUUUCCUAAGGCCGUCUGUGCACUGAUCUCGUUGGUGGGAGUGGCAACAUUUUGCAACGCUGCAUUGAAUCUGGCUGUGAUGUCGCUUGAGCGCUACGUUGCUAUUUGUUUUCCAUUAAGACACAGUGAGAUGGUGACCCGAAAAACAGCAGGUAUUUCUAUUGUGUUCAUCUGGCACUUCAGUUUGAUAAAUAUUUCGAUAGAUAUUAUUUAUGGCCUGACAGUGAAUCCGGCAUCUUUUAAAGAUCCCAUGUUCUGUACUCGUGAGAGUUUUCUUUUGUCACCAUGGCAAAUUGAUUUGUUUCAAGGCUUCAACAUACUUUCCUUUGUGACGGUAACUGCCAUUUUAAUUUUCACCUACAUUAAUGUUGUGGUUGCAGCUCGAUCUGCCUCAGCUGAAAAAGAGUCUGCCAAGAAGGCUCAUAAGACCAUACUGCUCCAUUUUGUUCAGUUAGUUCUCUGUGUUAACACAUUUGUUUAUGGAACUAUAGAGAGAGCCCUGGCUGGGGCCAGCAGCAGUCGUCUGUUCAAGGACCUGCGCUACCUGAACUUUCUCUUUGUUCUCAUUCUGCCUCGGUGUCUGAGCCCCCUGAUCUACGGCCUGAGAGACGAUGCUGUUCGGCCCUUAUUCCUCUAUUAUUUCAGGUGCAGAGUCCAAAAGGUCAAGCCCUCAGUAACUGCACACAUAUGA